UUAAAAUACGUUUAGUUGUUCUCCACUAAUACGCAAACAAAUACUUAUAUUCGAACAAAAUUUCCUGCCGGGCAACCUAACCUCACAUUCAUGACGUGCACUUCACGCAUACGCAUACACAUACAUAUUUGAGUUCACACAAUUACUAGGAACAACAAUUGGCAAUUUGUAUGUAGUUAACAUUGAACUGUAUUUACAAUAACAACAACAAAAGCAAGCCAAACACAAAAAUAUAUUCAAAACAGGAUAAUUAAAACGAGAAACAGUUGAGAAAAAACGCAAACAAGCGUGUAGCGCAGGGAUUACAAAUACACAGGCAACCUUAAAUCUAAAAAAAAAAAACAAAAACAACAUUAAAUUAAAUCACACGCGAAAUCAUGUCGGCCGACGACGGUAGUCAGUGCCCACUCUUACAAUUGGAUUCUGAGCCGCUGCUCACACCUGCGCUGCUGUUUGUUGUGCUGCUGAUAUUUGUGGCUGCCGCUGCCGUUGCGGCUGCCUAAGAGCCACCGACCACUCCACAGUCAAGCAAAUACAAAGCAAAGCGAAGCAGAGUCAAGUCAAGCCGUCGUCGCGGCGUGCAAACGAUGCUGGCGACGAGUGAAAUUGCUGAAACGAAAUACUUCGGCGCUUGUGGUUUCCGUUUCGUAACACUCGACGUCUAAAAGUCAGCAGCGACAGUGGUGGCAGUGGCAAACGCGCUCGCAGUGCCGCAUACAAUUCGAUUUAAUUCGAUUCACAAACGCACACAGCCACACACGGCGCGAAUAGCUGUAUUUAUUACGCCAAUACGAGUCCGUUGUUUAUGUGCAGCCAUUUGUGUGCGCCGAGUGAAUAAGUGACAUUUGUAAACAGCUGAAUUAAAAUCGAAAAAAAAAACAACAAAAUAACAACAACAAAAACAAAUAAAAUUGGUAAAUAGUGGCAGUGUGGCAGUGCCAGGCGUUCGGAGUGCGCGUGUAAAACGUCAGUGGUGAGGCGUGUGUGUGCCACAUUUGGCAAGCGGUGAGUCAGUGAGUCAGCGCGAGUCGUCAGUGUGCGAACGAACGUCAAUGGAGGACCAAGUGAAUGAGUGGAUUACAUAAAAGGCGAAAAUGUCAGCGCACAAAAUAAAGAUAAAUCAUUGCGUUGCAAAGAAAAAAAAAUUCGAAUGAAUUUCGAAAAAAAAGUCAAAGAAAUAACGGUAUAAUAAUCACAAGUGAGUAGUAGAGCAAUAAAGUGCAACUAAAACGAAAGCGCAAAUUAUUAACUGUAAAUUUUAAUUGCAACAAAAGUCAAUACAUACGUGCAUGCAAAUUACAUACAAAAAACAACAACAACAACAAUAAUAAUGUGAACGCGUGUGUGACCCGGAACGCCCACCAUAUAUAUCGACUGAAUGCUGAAUGUUGGCAAAGUGCAUGCGAAAAAAGUGCAAAAACAAACACACAAGCAAAGACACAAAGAGUGAGCAAACAAAAACCAAUAACAACAACAAUAAUAAAAUAAUAUAAAGUGCAAUAUAUAUUUAACAAACAAAUUAAAAAAACGUGUCCUGUGCCGAUUCAUGCUUGGCACAAAACUCAUUCUUUCGGAGUUUGCAGCGGCAAUCCAAGCGAAGCCAAGCCAAGCACCGCCAACACGCAUACUCACACCAAAGCGCUGCAGCAGCGAAAGAGCAAUUUGCUGUGGCAGAGCAAAUACAAUACAUAAGAGUGUUGGAAAAAAUCCAUCAGCGUAAACGAUUCAAAAGUGGUGCUAAAACAUUACAAAAACAAAUUAUGCGCUGCACAUAAAGUACACACAAAACUAUGAAGUAUAACUAUGUCAGCGCAAAAAAAAAAAUAAAUAACCAAACAUACCAAGAAAGUGUGUUAAAAGCGCAAUACGGAAGAAACUUCCACAACGAACUUUUGCAAACUCGUUAAGCAGUAGCGGACAUAAAUAAUAAAAAAGCUAGCUGCAAAAUAAAGCAAAAACAAUAACAACGUCAGCUGUGAACACGGUCAUGAGUCGUCGACUGCCAGCAUAAGCAUUGUUGUUGUGACGAUAAAUAAGACUAUUUAUUUCUAAAGCAAAAAAAAAGCAUAUAGAACAACAACAGCCACAAGAUGGCGGUGCUAUUUAAAUAUACAAAAAAACAAAACAACAACAAAUUAUUGAGCUGCAAUAAAUAUAAGCGUGAUAUUUAUUGCAACAAUCAGUAAAACAGCAACAAACGAAAAAGCAAAUUACGCAGGCAACCCCCUGCAGUACACUACCACGCACAGCACUCUUGCCAACAGCCGGUCAGCCAGCUAGCCAGCUAGCAGAGAGCAUCGCCUCCCCUCAGCAACAACUCCAGCGUAGCAAAGUAAUUUUUGGCAAAACGUUCGAGUAUCGAGCUACGCCGAGCGCCAGCGCGCACACACACUGAGCUCAAAGUCAGUCAGAUCAGAUCAGUUCGAAUUGUUGUGAAACAAAUUCGCUUGUUACAAAACUACAAGAACAACAACAACAACAGCGUUAUAUUACAUUUUGUAAUAUACAAAGAGAGAGUGAGAAAGAGAGCGAGAGUGUGUGUAUAAGAUAACGCACAACAACAAAAUCAACGCUAACAACAACAACAACGCCGCAAUUAAGUCCGUCCAGUGAUAUAUAUGUAUAACUAAUUUUUUUCGCCUUUUUCCAAUUAUUUGUUUUUAUUUUUGUUGUUGUUGCCACAUUGGGUCAUAAUGCAACAGAAAUGUAUUAAAUAAUAUUUCCGAGCAUACAAAAUCGUUGUGAAAAAAAAACUAAAACUGAAAAAGAAAUUGUAAUUAUUUUUUAAAUAAAAUAUAAGCAAUGCUCCUACGCCUUCAAUUCUAAAAUUAGUAGUCACGGCAAUAACUGAACGCAAGUACAUACAAACAUUUGUCCUGUUUGUUUUUACAACUAAAUAUAGCAAUAAAAUUUACUCAGUUUAGUAAACUAUAAGUUUGUAUGACGUGCAUGCACAGACAUAAUGCGCAUAAAUUUAUAAUCAACUUCAGCAUUAUAUACUGGAAAAGGUUGAAUCACUUGCAGGCACUGCGAACAACCCACAUAUACGAACUGGUCAGUGGCCAUAUUGACUCGUAUGGAGAUAGCUUCAUUAUUGAAUAACUAAAGGUAGUCAAUCACAACAACAACAAUAAUAACAACAACAAAAUAUGCUGACUCAGUCAAUACACCAGUGACCACUUUGAGGCACACGCACUCUACUUGGAUUUUGUAUAAUAAUUGGACAUUGUAUAACAACAGCAACAACUAACCACUAGUAGUAGUUGUUGUUGUUGUUAUUUUUGUAUGUUUUACAUACGCCUCGAAUGUCAACUUUGUCAUCAGCAUAUGAAUUUUUGAUGUAGACCAACAGACGCAGAGCCAUACAGUCAAACAGACCCUUAAGGCGAGACGAGUGCGAUGGAGUAAGAGGUGGAGACCCAAAAACACAGGGUACAUAUACUUACAUACUACAUGUGAGUGUUUGUGCAUAAAAUACUUAAAGUAUAAAAUUUUUAAAUACCCAAAGCUAUAAAAUAAUUACGCGUUGGCACAUGCAACUCAGCGCCACACACACACACACAAACUAAUUGCCGCCCACAAGCGUGUGCAUAUGUGGGCUGCUAAUUGAAUGUUCAACUACAACUCACACACACGCACACAAAUACGCGCUCAUUAAGAGUGAAGUGAGUGAGUAAAGUCGCAACUGUGUGACAAAGCGCAGCAGCCUUUUAAGUUAUAUAUAAAAGUUGGGUCGCCACUGCGUAUGAGUAACACGCCGCAGAAAAGGUAAUUAAUUGUUGGUUGCCAGUGAGCGCGAAGCAUAAAUAACUGCAGCGCGUAACAGUAAAAACAUUAAAAAGGUGUUAAGAGCAGCAGCACACUCACGCGUACAUUUACUUAAACAGCGCGCCGCAACUGCCAGAGGUGGUUGUGUGUGGAGUCAGCUGAAGCGCCUAAUGAGCAAAAAGCUUAAAACUUAAUUAAGCGUAUAUGAAAGAUGGUUGGCAAGACAGCAAGCUGAAGAAUAUUUUAUGCGUAAAACAAUAUAUAAAUAAAAGGCAAGAAGAAGCACAAGCCAAGCACAGUCUAAUGUUAAUGGACUGAAGUUGACUGGAGUUGAGCAUAAGGAGUUAUAUAACUGUUAACAGAUUUUGCACAACGGACAACCAUAAAUGAGCUAAUAAAGAGAGACAAUUAAAUAUUCAAAAAACGCUCAAUACUUUUUAAAAGCAACUUUGCAAUCAGCGCAUUGUUACAUGCCGUAAGCAAAUACAUACAGACAAUUGAAGAAUUGAAGUGUGGAAAAACCAGCGAAUAAAGUCAAAUCUUUAUAUUUCCACUGCAUAUAUAAAAAUUUCAUUUCAUCUCUUGCCACUUGUGCGCGCCAAACGAGCAGCAACAUCAAAUUUUCGCCUGCACUCAGAAGCAAAAAAAAAACCCAAACAACAACAAAAUCAACAAAGAAAUGAAAUGAAAUGAAAUAAAAGCGGAAUACAUAACGAAGAAGAAACUUUUAACGUUAAGCAUCGUUUUAACACGACAAAAGGACAUAGCCAGAGACACAGACACAGACAGUGCGACGCAUUAGAGCAACAACAGCAACAGCCAUACCAAUAGUGGCAAUAAUCAUAAUACUCUUGGCGACACUGUGACAGUUGAUUGCCGACAACAACAACACGACAAGCCAUAAGUAACAACUUUAAAUACUACAAAAACAACAACACGCGGCAAUAUAACAACAAAUUAGAGCGCAACCAAAAUAAAUGCGUGACAUAAAUCGUUGUAGCCCAACUGACAGUUUGUCUACUAAAGCUUUCAUUUCAUUGCCUGCAAGCGAAUAAAGGCAGAGCAGCAAGCGGCAAUAAGAAUAAGAAUUAACAAAAAAAAAGUUGAAAAAAGCUUAUGCAUAAAAGUAGCGCAAAUACAAAUAUUGUGGCUUGUCAUUGUCAUGUGUAUAUGACACUGAUAACAACAAAAACUUAAAAACGUCGAGGCGAACAUAAGCUUACACACACACACACACACGCACACACAUUUGGGAUCAAGAUAUUGUUGGUGUACGUGUAGAGAAGGUAUAAGCAGCAGAGACGCGUUCACACACAAGGAAACGAGUCACGCGUGCCAUCAGUGGAGAGAAGUGAAAAGAAGUGAGAAGAGCGAUUGCAACUACCCUGUGAUAUAUAUAAAUUGCACUGUAAGUUUAUUUAAAUUAAUUAAUUAGCAGAAAAUAAAAUAAAUUAAAUAUAAAAAAAAUUAAAUACAAAAAUAAAUAAAUUAAAAUAGAAAUAAAUUCAAAAAAAUUAAAAAAAAAAUUAAAUUUUAUAAAAAAAAUUUAAUUAAAAUUAAAAAUUUAAACAUAAAAUAUUGUCAAAAACGUAAAAUAAAUCGGCAAAUAGUAAAAAUUAUUUAAAGCAAAACUAAAACUAAGAAGCACGAUUAAGCGCAUACACUCGAGUGCAUACGAUUAGCAGAGCAAAUAAAAUAUAAAAUAAAAUAUCAAAAUAAAAAUUUUAAGAAUUAUUAACAAAAAUAAUAACAAAUAAAAUAAAAUAAAAUUAAUAAAAUCAUAGAAAAAAUAUAAAAAUUAAUAAAAUUAAAAUUAAAAAAUUAAACAAAAUAUAUUAGAAAACUUAUAAAAUUAUAAAGAAAUUAAAAAAAAAAAACCUUAAAGAAAAGAAAAUAACUACUUUCAACGGUUUUCGAAAAACUUGCGAACUUAAAGCUAAAUUAAAAAAUUGUAGCGCUAACUAGAAGCAAAGAGCGUAAUAAGAAAAUAAAAAAAUUAAAAUAUUUUUAAUUUAAUUUUAAAAUUAUAUAAAAAAUCAUAAAAAUACUGUAACUACUUCGAAAACACAUUUAAACCGCACGUAAAUACUUCGUAAUACUUGGGAGCGGCGCCAGCAACGAUUAUCGAUUCGUUGCUUACAAAAAAAGAAAACAACAACAGCUAAGCGUGUGUUCGCGUUUUCAUGCAUUUGCUCAAUAAACAUUUGUAAGCGCAAAAGACCACAACAAAAACAAACAAGCACUCGUACAACAACAGCAAUAGCCAACAACACAACCACAACAACAACAACAACAACAAACAGAACGAACCAAAAAUGGGUGACGAACAGGAAGAGCGCACCUUCAAGGAGAAGAUGCUCUUCUACACCACUGCCUUCUUCAUACUACUCGGCACAUUUAGCAUGUUUGCCUUCCUCUUUCUCGUGCCGUUCGUCAUAGAGCCCGCCUUCACGACGAUCUUUAUGCAAUUCGAAGAGGUGCCCGCACUGUGCGAAACCUACGAUGUGGAGACAUAUUUCGGCGCCAAGAAUUGCUCGUGGGCAUCGUGUCGCGAGGGCUGCACAAAGGAUAUUUACACGUGUACACAGAUACGCGUCAAUUAUCGACUGAAUUUGUACAAUUACACAGAUGAAUUCAAUUUCACUGAGUAUCACAUCAAUUUGGCUGAGGCGGAACGCGAAUUGCCGCCAGUCAAGCGUACCGAUCGUUAUGAACGUGCCAUACGCGAUUACGAUUACGAUGCGGCCACGAGUGAUGCCGCAAAGGCGAAUCAAAUGGAUGUGCCCGCGGCGGCGGCUCUAAUGUCCAGUCCCUCAGUGGCGUUGGCCGCAGCGGCGGCGGCGACGACAAGCGAACAAGUACGACUGAAUACGAUCACUUUCGGCAGUGAGGCUGCGGGCAUUGGCGGUGACGGCACGAGUGGUUAUCUCGUCGAUGAGGAGCCGCUCGAUGAGGAUGUGGGCGGUCCCGGUAGUAUAUUGUUCAACGAAGAACGUCAUCCAUUCGAUGAGAUCUCCGAGCUGAAUGAGGGUCUCAUGGGUAAUAAUUCAAUGUAUUUCUAUGUGGGCGCACGUCUCUUUCCCAACGUUAAGGGUUGCGGUUAUCCGCCCAUGCUCAAUUGUACGAUUUGGCUGAAACGUUAUACGAAGAUUGGUAUUAAGUUUCCAUGCUACUAUUCGAAAGUCGAUCCAAGUUUGGUGAUAAGCGAUUUGGAUUAUUGGCAGAACACAUUGAAUCUGAUCUAUUCGAUGGCCAUACCAAUACCAUCGUUUAUUAUAUCGGUGAUAUAUCUGACAUAUGCAUACUUCAAAAUCUAUAAUGAGGAUGAAGAAACGGCGCCGCUCGAUAAGAAUGCCGAAGAUAUGGAUAUUGAUGAGGGUGAGGUGGACGAGAGUGAUGGCGCUGCGUUGGCUAACAAUGCGGCCGGCAGUCAGAUCAUCAAUAUGGACUCGACGACGGGUGAGAGUUGCGUGGAUGUGGUACUGCCGAAUGGUGGCCCCGGCAUGACGACCUCUAUAUCGCAGGGCGGUUCGGUCACAACGCCGGGUCAGUAUUUGGCGCAAUCGCCGGGCGGCUCACAAAUGACACCCAAUUCCGAUAUGAACUCGUUCGGUCAUCAGCUUAAGGUGCAAAUGGCGGACGAAUUGUCGCGUGACUCAUUGGAAAAUGGUGUGCUGUCGACAUCGAACUCGGUGCAGGGAAACUUGAGCAAGACGAUGACGACGAGUAUCUCAACUCCACCUGGGCCGACGGCAGCAGUUUAAAACGCAAAGUCCACGGCAUGGAUAAUGUACGUUUUCGCAUUGGACAAUGAAAUGUGUGCGCACCAACUAUUUAGCUUUUAAAGUCUCAGCUAUCGUACGAAAUUACCAUAAAUGAUAGUAAUUAUAAAGGAUACAAUUAGCUAAUAUCGCCGCAUACAUAUGUAUGUAUGUACAUAUGUAUAUGAGUUAGGCAAUCUAGUACAUACAUAUAUGCAGCACUGCAGCACAAGCAAACUCACACAAAGGACAAUGCAAUAAAUUUCAGUAAUUAUUAAGUGAACACACUAAGAAAGGGAACUAGCAAAAUACAAACAAAAAAUAUAAACUUGUAGUUAUGCGCUGCUUACUACAUAUUUAAUAACUAAAUAUAGUAUACUCAAGUACAGAUGCGAUUGUAUUGUAAAACAAAUAAGCGACUUACUCAGACACACACACACUAGAGCGUCUUAGCUGUUAUGCGAAUGGCAGUUGAUGAUAUAAAUUUAUAUUAUACGAGUACUCAUAUAAUUGAAAAUAAAUUAAUUUUGUUAAUGAAUUGAAAACAGUU